ACUAUAUAGAUUCUAGCAUAAUGGUUGUCUGAAAUUUAUAUUUUUGUAGGAUGGACACAAGAUCAGUGUUGGUGAUUGCGCUUCUCUCAGACCUCCCAGGAUUCCCCAUAAGGUUACUGAAACUUUAACCUUAGUCCUUGUUUGCUUGAAGGCUACCUUACCUUCUUCUAUUGCCUCUGACUCUUGUUUUUCAAUCAGCUAAACAGUCUCACUAUAAAAAAAAUCAUCUCCAACACAAAAUGGGGAACCCAGAUACAUGGCGCUGCCAGAAUUGCGGCAACGUGGGGCUGGAAGAUGGUGAUGAUGGCUUCUUCUAUUGCACCCAAUGCAACUCACAAGCUGAGGACUUCAUGGACACUGGCGUGGCGGAUGAGGACUUUCUCGACCAGACUGGUAACCCAUAUGGAGGCCUCUACUCUGCUCGUCACACCCGUCGCGUUAACAGCUCUGUUGUCAAAGCAGAGCCUCUCUCCCAACCCUUAGACGACUUCUCACCUUAUUAUGAGCCCUUUAGUCAAAGCCAAGCUAAAACAGAAGAUCAGGAUCCCACAGGGCUCAAGGAUUUUGCAUUUGAUGGGAGAGAGAAUGAUGAGGACUAUUAUGGGUGGAUUAGGCUUAGGUAUGUGAUGGGAUUGCAGCGGAUGAUUGAGCUCCAAUGUGAGGCUUUAGUCACAGAGUUCAAGGUAACUCCCUUGAUAUGUGGUCUGGCUGGGACGGUUUGGCUCCGCUUCUUGGCUGGGACUCAGGUUCUUAAUGAUGAUUGUGCUGACCAUUCCUUUGACUUAAAUGAGUCUGAGAUCCCCCAACAAGGAGAACCGCUUGACAAAUUGAAGACGCCUUUGAAAAGCCAUGCACCUAAUUAUGCAAAGUAUGACCCUCAAGCAUUGAAGGCGUGGUUUAAGUCCUUGAAGAAGAUUAUACCAUUAUCUUACACUUUAGCUGUUUCUUUUCUGGCUUGUCAUCUUGCCAGGGAAGCAGUCCUGCCAACUGACAUGGUAAAAUGGUCCCUAGAAGGGAAGCUCCCAUAUUUUGCUGCUUUUCUUGAAAUUAAAGAUGAUCUGAAACAGUUUGGACAGCCUUCACGUGCCUGCCCAAUAAGUUCAAGCUUGAUGUUUAGGCCUUCUGAAUCAGUUCCAGUGCAGAAGCUGGAAUCACUAGCAGCAUCUGUUGCUGGGUUUAUAGGCUUGGACUUACCACCAGUCAAUUUCUAUGCUAUAGCUUCCCGCUUUCUAAAUAAGUUAGCUCUCCCAGUCAAAAAGAUUCUCCCUCAUGCGUGCCGCAUAUAUGAGUGGUUGAUGCCUCCAGAGUUAUGGUUAUCUACAAAUGAGUUGAGGCUUCCCACUCGUGUUUGUGUGAUGUCAAUACUGAUUGUAGCUGUGAGAAUUCUUUAUAACAUUCAUGGUUUUGGAGAAUGGGAAAGAAGUUUGUCGAGUUGUCAUGAUUCAUCUUCCAUAUCUAAAAAUAGUGGUGAUGAGGACCCCAGAUCCAGUUGUGAAAUAAAGGAUGAUGCUAAUACAUAUUCAGAUUCUCUGCCUCGCAGUAAAGAUGAUUCAGAUACAAACUUUGAUAGAGACUACUCGCACGCAGAAAACACUAAGUUGGAUACUGCAAAACUUUUGGCCAACCUUGAAGCGAGUUAUAAUGAAAUUGCUGAUGACUAUGAAUAUUGCAAGGACUUGCAAACAUAUCUCCAGUUCUGCAAGGAUAUAGUCUUUGCUAGAUCAGAACCAUCGCGUAAGGAUGCCAAGGAAGAAAAGUUAAUUGAAACUUUAUGGAACUACUAUCAAAGUGGAAAGGAUUCUGAUGCAGCAGCGGAACAGGGAUUGCAUUGUGGUAGAACUGAUGACCAGAAAAGACCAAGGUAUAAUGAAGAAUGCAGUAGUAGUCCAUGUAGAGAAAAGAAGUUUAGGAGGCCAUCUUCUUGUGAAGAAACUUUUCUCGAAGAUGACCAUCAGAAUAGCCAAAAUGGUGAUCAUUUUGGUGAUAGCUCACAUGAUAGUAAGAACUCAGAAGUGAAUGACCAAGGGUCAGCUGAGACUUUCAAAAAUGAAGCCAUUAAUCGAAUGAAAUUAGACAUGGAGGAGAAGAGGUUCUGUUAUAUUCCACCUAGGAAGAACCCCAAGAGAUUUGAUUACCUUCACUACGUGAGGAAGCAGGAUGAUGGCGCCUACACUUAUGUUGCGCAUGCUGACUACUACAUAAUGCUUCGUACAUGCUCGAGAGUUGCCCAAGUCGAAAUUCGGUGUAUGCACAUUGGAGUGCUGAGCUUUGAGAGAAGACUGGCUUGGUUGGAGAAGAGAAUCGACCACUGCUUGCAUUUGACCCCUCCUAUUAUAUCAUGUGAGUACUGUACUGAGAGGGUUCCUGAGAACACUACUGAUGCAGAAACUACUGACAUGGUUCCUGAGAACACUACUGAUGCAGACACUAUUGUUGAGGAAUCGAUUGGACUUUCAAAUUUGAAUAUAUGACUUCAUUUUUUUUCCCCUCUUUUUCUUUUUUAAGGUUAUCAGGCUAAUGAAAAGCAAUAUGGCCCAACGAAAUGAUGCUAGUUUACCUUUUUAUUUAUGUUUUCCUAUGACUACAAACUUAUUUGAUCUGAUACCAGUGUAGUUUGUCAGUG